GCUGGGGAGAGUUGGGGUUUGCUGCCCCUGGGUCUCUGGAAUGUACUGCUGAGACUUCCUACCCUUCCCGGCGCUGCCAAGCAGACCGAGGACAAUGUCAUCGCGCAGCUCAGGGAUGGCCUCAGGGCUCCAUUCCCGGCCCAGAUGCAGCACCCCAGGGCCGGCACAAGGAAAUUCCUUCCUGGCGCGGCACCUCCUCCCCCCGCGGAGCCGCUCGCUCGCCCUGCUCGGCCGGGAGGACGAAUUGGAGAGUUUCGACGGCUCUGCCAGGAGGGGCUGUGACCUGAGAGGUGCUCUGGGCUCUGACCUGCUGGACGGCAGCUGCUCCCUCCCCGACCCGCAGCUGGUCCGCAGGAUCGUGUCCCAGGUGGAAUUCUACCUGUCCGACGAGAACCUGGCCAGGGACGCUUUCCUCCUGAAACACGUCCAGAAGAACAAGAUGGGCUUUGUCAGCAUCAAACUACUGACGUCCUUCAAGAAGGUGAAGUACCUGACCCGGGACUGGCAGCUCACGCUCUACGCCCUGAAAUUCUCGGAGCUGCUGGAGGUGAACAAGGAGGGCACCAAAGUGAGGCGCAGGGUGCCCAUCCCUGAGGCCCUGCUGAGCAUCCCCCCCAGCAAACUGCUGCUGGCCUGGGAGCUGCAGCCCCGGGGGCAGGACCCGCUGCUGCCACCCCCGCUCCAGGAGAACUUCCUGGAGACCAUCCUGAGGAUGUUCAGCCCCUUCGGAGCCAUCGCCUCCAUCCGCGUCCUGCGGCCGGGCCGGAAGCUGCCCUCGGACGUGAGGAGAUACCUGGCCAAGUUCCCCGAGCUGCUGAGCAGGUGCUGUGCCCUGGUGGAGUACGAGAGCCUGGACAGCGCCCGCAGGGCCUUCGAGAGCCUCGGGCACCGCGACGGCGACAGCGGCAUCAAGGUGGUCCAGCUGUGCGGGAAGGGGAACAGGAAGAAACCCGGGGAAGAGAGGGAGGUGGUGGAAAAGCGGGUGGAUCAGCCAGGCUGGAAGGUGCAGGGAGCUGCCCUGAGCCUCCCCCGCAGCCACGAGGACUCCCUGCUCUGCAGCUCUCCCGGGUCGGACGAUGCCUCGGGGCCGCUGUCCCUCCUGAACAAGGAUGCCGUGGCACCUGCCUGGCCCGGCAGCGACUUCAAGCCUGGGAAUUUCGGCACCCUCACCAGAUCACUCCUCACCAGCAGCAAGGUCUUCCCUCCGCUUGGGCUGGGCUUGGGAAUCAGCAGCUGCUACAGCCCCCAGGGCGGCACCGAGAGCCCCUGCGGUGGCUGGGGGGGCAGCACGGGUGUCUGGGGACCCUGGAGCAGAAGCCCCUCUCCUGACACUGAACCUCCUCCGGGCAACUCCCUGGCCCCAAAGUGGGUGUCUGAGCCCCUCAGCCUGUGGGACUUCACCAAGCCCCACAGGCUGGGCCCUUCACCUGCCCCUCAGCUCUGA